CAAGAACCUUCGUACAUGGUGUGGAGAAUUCCAGACGUUUUUAUCGAAUCAUCUGAAACUGGUGAAUUCAACCAAAUUGCAAAAAGUAGGAUUUUUCUGGAACAUACAAGAUUAUCCUUUCACUUCCUUUAAAUACCUCGCGUAUCCCCUUCGUCGUCAUCAAACGAAGAAAAAAGUUACCUGUUUGCGAUCUCAUUACAAUCUCCCAAGUUUCUAAUCUCAGCUAAGAAAAACCAAAAGAUGUCUCUGAUUCCAGGUUUCUUCGGUGGCCGAAGGAGCAACGUCUUCGAUCCAUUCUCACUCGACAUGUGGGAUCCCUUCAAGGAUUUUCAUGUUCCCACUUCUUCUGUUUCUGCUGAAAAUUCUGCAUUCGUGAGCACUCGUGUGGAUUGGAAGGAGACCCCAGAGGCACACGUGUUCAAGGCUGAUAUUCCAGGGCUGAAGAAAGAGGAAGUGAAGGUUCAGAUUGAAGAUGAUAGGGUUCUUCAGAUUAGCGGAGAGAGGAACGUUGAGAAGGAAGACAAGAACGACACGUGGCAUCGCGUGGAGCGUAGCAGUGGUAAGUUCGUGAGAAGGUUCAGAUUGCCGGAGAAUGCAAAAGUGAAUGAAGUGAAGGCUUCUAUGGAAAAUGGGGUUCUCACUGUCACUGUUCCUAAGGAAGAGGUUAAGAAGCCUGAUGUUAAGGCCAUUGAAAUCUCUGGUUGAUCCAUGUUAUGGUUGAAAAUCGUGAGCUUAUCCUUUGUUGUUGUAAUAAGUGUCUUCUGUCUUGUGUGCCUUUGAGAAAAAUCUUCCAUGCAUGCAUUGUGGAUUGUAAUUGCUCCAGUGAUUGAUAACUGUGUGGCUGUGUAAUUCAUGUGAAUAAAGUCCUACCUUCAGAGUUCAGAAUAUAUAAAUAGAUUGUGUAAUGUGAAUUGUAUUUGGCCAAUUGCAUUUGUUAUAGUAGAGAAACUCUUAAGAAUAUAUACAAUAUUCCAUAUUAACGUGAA